AUGGCAUCUUCAGCUUCGUGGGGUCUUCUUGAUCCUGAAGAAGAGGUCGAGCUUCACAAGUCUCGUCUUCUCAACGUAGAGGAGAAAGCGUUCAAGCGAAUCACAAAACGUCUCAACACUAUAUCACAACUUUUACUAUCCCCCGAAGUCGCUGCCAACCCCCCCGAAGAUUUAAAGCCCAAGCUUAGGGAGCUGAAGGAGGAGAUGAACCUCGAUUUCCAUGCUUUCGGCAGCAGCAUCACGCGUAUGCAAUUUCUUCACAACGCCAAUGCCCAAGAGCGUGAGCGCUACAAUGCCGACCAACACCGCAUCCUCGACGACUGCAAUAGUGUCCGAGAGAACAACAUCCAACUGAGAGACCGGCUCGAGGCUGCGCAAGCCACCCUUGCGCAGCGCAAAAAGUUCGACGAGUUAGCAGAGAAGAUAACAUCCAACCGCUUGCUUAGACCGCGCGAAGACCAGAUUACCAACUUGGCCAAACUCGAGGAAGAAUGUCGGGAACUUGAACGAGAAAGUGAAACCUAUAGCGAGACUUGGAGAGAACGACGAGAACAAUUUAAUAGAAUCAUGGAGGAAGGUAUGCUUCUACGACGACAGAUUCGCGACGAGAAGGAAGAGGUUGAUCGCAGAGAGGGUAUGAAUGAGGGUGCUGAUGAUGAUGCUGAGGUGGACAAAGUCGGACAAACGCCCAGAAACGAACCCAGCGGCAAUGCGACGCCUCACCCAGACGGCGACAGCCAUAUGAAAACAGAUGCUGAUGCCGGCACACCUAAUCCAGAGGCUCUCAAUGGCGAAAGAACACCAGUGAGGGACACUCCGGGCCCAGACACGCUGAAGCCCCAACACAACCGCGUUGGCUCCAGGGGUGGUAGUCAGGCACCGAGCCGAGACGCUUCGCCCAUGCCACCAAGCGAUGAACGCAAGGUGGAGUCUGAAGACGAUGUUGAUAUGGAUGAUUCUGAGAGUCGGGUUCAUGAAGACGGAGAAGCAACACCUCAGGUGACUAUCGAGCCACCUGAAGAAAGCGAGGACAAGAUGGAAGUGGAUAAUUAG